AGACAGCCACAGAGCUCCAGUGGCGUGGGCAAGGCUGGCCAAGGAUGGCGACACCCAGGGGCCUGGGAGCCCUGCUCCUGCUCCUCCUGCUCCCGACCUCAGGUCAGGAAAAACCCACCGAAGGGCCAAGAAACACCUGCCUGGGGAGCAACAACAUGUACAAGUACGACGUCUUCAACUUGAAUGACAAGGCUUCAUGCUUCACCAAGUGCAGGCAGUCGGGCAGCGACCCCUGCAAUGUGGAAAAUUUGCAGAGAUACUGGCUAAACUACGAGGCCCAUCUGAUAAAGGAAGGCUUGAUGCAGAAGGUGAACACGACUUUCCUGAAGGCUUUGGUCCAGAACCUCAGCACCAACACCGCAGAAGACUUCUACUUCUCUCUGGAGCCCUCUCAGGUUCCGAGGCAGGUGAUGAAGGACGAGGACAAGCCCCCUGACAGAGUGCGACUUCCCAAGAGCCUUUUUCGAUCUCUGCCAGGCAACAGGUCUGUGGUCCGCUUGGCCAUCACCAUUCUGGACAUCGGACCAGGGACUCUCUUCAAGGGCCCCCAGCUCGGCCUGGGAGAUGGCAGCGGCGUGUUGAACAAUCACCUGGUGGGCUUGAGUGUGGGACAAAUGCGUGUCACCAAGCUGGCUGAGCCUCUGGAGAUUGUCUUCUCUCACCAGCGUCCACCCCCCAACACGACCCUCACCUGUGUAUUCUGGGAUGUGACUAAAGGGCCCACUGGAGACUGGGCUUCUGAGGGCUGCUCCACGGAGGUCAGACCUGAGGGGACCGUGUGCUGCUGUGACCACCUGACCUUUUUCGCCCUGCUCUUGAGACCCACCUUGGACCAGUCUACGGUGCAUAUCCUCACACGCAUCUCCCAGGCGGGCUGUGGGGUCUCCAUGAUCUUCCUGGCCUUCACCAUUAUUCUUUAUGCCUUCCUUAGGCUUUCUCGGGAGAGGUUCAAGUCAGAAGAUGCCCCAAAGAUCCACGUGGCCCUGGGUGGCAGCCUAUUCCUCCUGAAUCUGGCCUUCUUGUUCAAUGUGGGGAGUGGCUCAAAGGGGUCUGAUGCUGCCUGCUGGGCCCGGGGGGCUGUCUUCCACUACUUCCUGCUCUGUGCCUUCACCUGGAUGGGCCUGGAAGCCUUCCACCUCUACCUGCUCGCCAUCAGGGUCUUCAACACCUACUUCGGGCACUACUUCCUGAAGCUGAGCCUGGUGGGCUGGGGCCUGCCUGCCCUGAUGGUCAUCGGCACUGGGAGUGCCAACAGCUACGGCCUCUACACCAUCCGCGACAGGGAGAACCGCACCUCUCUGGAGCUAUGCUGGUUCCGUGAGGGGACGACCAUGUACGCCCUCUAUAUCACCGUCCACGGCUACUUCCUCAUCACCUUCCUCUUUGGCAUGGUGGUCCUGGCCUUGGUGGCCUGGAAGAUCUUCACCCUGUCUGGUGCUACAGCAGUCAAGGAGCGGGGGCAGAACCGGAAGAAGGUGCUCACCCUGCUGGGCCUCUCGAGCCUGGUGGGUGUGACAUGGGGGUUGGCCAUCCUCACCCCAUUGGGCCUCUCCACUGUCUACAUCUUUGCACUUUUCAACUCCUUGCAAGGUGUCUUCAUCUGCUGCUGGUUCACCAUCCUCUACCUCCCAAGUCAGAGCACCACAGUCUCCUCCUCAACUGCACGAUUGGACCAGGCCCACUCCGCAUCUCAAGAAUAGGAAAGCAUGGCCUUGCAAUCUGGACUCAGCUCUGGCUCGCUGUGUGACCUUGGUCAGCUCUGUGCCUCCCUCUGGGCCAGCUUCCUUCUCUGUACAAUGUGGCUGGGGAGGGAGAGGAUGGGACCAGGUUGGACCACGUGGCAUCAGAGGUCCCAUCCAGAUCCAACUGUAGGUCCAAGAGUCCACGUAAGCAGGUUUGCAAGGCUCUAAAUUUCCUAUAGUCCUGAGACCCCCUGCCAGCAAAAAGUGACAGUCACCUCCAUGCCCUGCCCUCAUUGCAAAGCCCUCACUCACCUUCUGGUCUCAGCAAGGGAGGAGAGUCUGUUGUUGGUGUAGCCCUGGAAGGAGCCCCCAGCCUCUCCCCUCCUCCUCCUUGUCACUGGCCUCCCACAACUCCCCCUCUGGCUGCCUGUAACCUUGAGGGGCAUUCAGGAGGCCAGCGUUCCCUCAGGCAUUGGGGGUUUGUUUUGCGGGGUGGGAGUUGAUCCACCCACCCAGUCUGCCCCUGGUCUCUGCCCAUCCCAUCAGAGCCCACCCUCCUGGAAGAGACCCCCACGUUCAGAGUGCUGGGAGCCCUGCAGGUGUCCAGGGACACUGCAUUUCAAAGAACCACUGAGUGGGUGAGCUACCUUGGGCAAACCCCCCACUCCUGACUCUGACCGCCACGUGGGUGGCCCAACCUCUGACCUGCUGUCAUCAUAGAGGUAGCAAUCAAACGAUUUGGGGCUCAGCACACCUGGGGAUGCUCCCACUCAUUCAGUGUGUGGGGCCCCUAAGUAGAGGCUAGGCAUUGCCACUAGAACCUGAGCUCCUAGAGAACAAGGACCUGGGUGGCCUCGCUCACUGUUCCAGCCCAGGCUGAGCACAGGGCCUGGCUCGUGGCAAGCCUUGAAUAAAUAUUUGUUGGCUGAA